AUGGAAAAUGCAAAGGUGGCACAGAUGGAAAAUGUUAAAAGAGUACUUGUUAGGAUGCUCCAAGUACUUAUAACACGAAUUUUGAAUGUAAGAAUUUUUAAUUAGGCUAUGUAACAAAUAGUAAUGGAUGAAUAAUUUAAAAAAGUUUUUAAUUAACUCUCGCUGCAGAAUGUUAAUGGAAUUAGUGUUGUGUUGACUCUAUAAAAUGUUCAAAUUUUAAUACUCAAUUUAUUUGUGAAAACAAUUCAGCCAUCAAAUACACAUUUGAAGAUGGAAUACUCCUAAUUAUUACUCAAAAUGUUUAUGAAAGAAUCAUACUUAUCAAAAUUUAUAGUGCUCUGA